AUGGCGGCGGGCCUCGGCGUCGGCGACGUCCUCUGCUUCGCGAUCGUCGCCGGCUCCGUCGCCGCGUCCCUCUGGGCGACGUUGCUCCGCCGCAGGCUUCCGCCGGCCGCCGCAUCGUCGUCGUCGUGUGUACCGCCGCACGACGAGUUCACCGGUUCCACCCCCGCGGUGUGGAGCGGCGCGGCUCACCCGGCCGCCGCCGCCGCGUGGCUACUGCUCGCGUCCAGAGCCGCCGCCGUGGUCGCGCUCGCCGCCGUGCUGCUGUGGGACGCGGUGACCUACGGCAUCGCCAUAAUGAUGUACUACACGGAGUGGACCAUCGUGCUAGAGAUCGUCUAUUUUACGAUAGCCACACUCUUCUCUGCAUACGGAUGCUUCAUCUACUCAUCCAGCAACAACCGUCGUGUUCGUGUCACUAUCCUGCCCGUGAGACAGAGCCACGACGAAAGUGUCCUGAGCAACAGCCUUGUGGAGAUCAACCAUGGCGACGAUCAGAAGGGAGGAGCUCGAGCUGUGCUGUACCAGCUGGGGCGAUUCAUGCAGAUCGUGUACCAGGUGCUUGGCGGCGCGGUUGUGCUGACGGAUGUGGUCUUCUGGGCUCUGAUAGCGCCCUUCAUGUACUCAUCCCGUCUCAGCCUCAAUGCAGUGAUGGGCUGCACUCAUUCUUUCAACAUUGUGUUUCUGCUGAUAGAGACUACUCUUAACAACCUGGAGUUCCCAUGGUUCAGACUGACGUAUUUCGUUCUUUGGACAUGCUCCUAUGUGAUCAUCCAAUGGAUCGCACAUGGUUGCGGCUUGACAUGGUGGCCGUACCCGUUCCUUAACCCUGCAGCACCAUGGGCACCGCUAUGGUAUUUCUGCAUUGCAUUACUCCAUCUGGCUUGCUACGCCGUGUACUGGUCCAUUGUGAGGGGGAAAAACUGGUGGCUUAAUUCUUAUAUUAUCCCCGCGUAUUAA